AUGAAAGGCAUGAAAGAGAAGUUGGGCAGUGGGACGAUGGAGCGCCGGGAUCGCGCAGCCUGCAUGCAAGCAUUGCAUUGGUGCUACGUGUCGGCCUCGCUUGUUGGCAAGGAUAUUCCUCUUUGGGUAAGAAACCAAGAUCCGCCUCUAGAUCAUACCGUCAUGAGCGACAUCUGGGUGAUUGUACGAAUCGUCAAACCCGGUUUGAGCCUGAAUUCAGACGAGGAGUUGAAGUUUCAGAAUGUGUACUGCAGGAACCGAGAGCAAACUUUCAUUCUGACAGGAGAUCGAGAGAGCGCCAAUGCGGCCCUAUCCGUAUCGCUGUCUAGCAUCUGCACUGUGCGGUGUGGUAGCGUGCUGGAGAAAGGCGGUCAACAAGGGACAUCAACGAUGUGA